AUGCCUUCUGGUUGCCGCAUCGCUUUGAGCCAGAACAUCAGUUGCUCUCCAGCUCUCGUCUCUCCGCAGUUUGCUGCCGGCGGACGGGCAUUGGAUCCGACCACAUUGGGUCAAUACUGUACAACAUUGUGCUACCAAUCUCUGCAGACUUUUAAAACAAAAGUGGAUGCACAAUGCGGCGAUACCAAUUACCAGAUGUUCGCCAACAGCACGCUAAGCCAAUCUGGAGCUUCCAUCGCAGAUCCGCUGGCUUGGGCAUACAAUGUCAUUUGCGUACAAGAUAGUACCGGCUUCUGUCUUCCCUCGCUUUUUAAUGCCACCAAGACCCUCUGCUCCGAUUGCUCCCUGAAAUACGGGGUAGCAAUGUUGGGCUCUGACUAUGGUCGAAAUCGCAUUCAGCCGAGCGCAUUUUCGUCGCUCCUCUCAUCAUGUUCUAUCCCUGCGUCGGACUAUCCGUACACCUACUGGCCGACACCAAGCACGGUCAAUCCAUUUAUACCAACAUCUGCCCCUUCGACGAAUUGCACUGGGAAAAAGUACACUAUCAAGGCCAAUGACACCUGCCAAUCCAUCUCGCAAGCAAAUUCCAUCGCAACAGAUCGGCUGAUUGCUGCGAAUAAUAUCGACUACAACUGUUCUUCGCUCAUUCCAGGUGCUACUCUCUGCCUUGGUCCUUCAUGUGCUUUGCAAAAAGUGCUGCAGAAUCAAACAUGUCAAGAUAUCACCACCAAUCAAGCCUUCACAUUUGUACAACUGAUCGCGUGGAAUCCAACAAUUCACUUGAACUGUGAUAACCUUGAUGUGAUGGUUGGUAGGAGCAUAUGUAUCUCACCCCCUGGCUCUUCAGUCUACAAAGCAACCCUCAUGAACACAAGUACAGUAACCAUAUCCUCUAUGUUUCCAGGCCCCUACGUCUCUGGCUCCAUCAAUUCAAAUCCUCCAGACGCCACAACUUCCUGGUAUAAUACUCAGACCACCUUUCCUCCCCCAGUUGUGACAACAUUCAUUGCAAACCUUACAACAGCAAGUCUCGUAGCAGCACGCACUAGCUUUUGCCCCAUCACGCCCGAUGACUUUCUCAACGGUCUCUAUGAAGAGGAUCUUCCAGAAGACUGCGAUGCUCUCAUCGAGCCAUACUGCUGGCCCGAUCCAGAUGCACCAACACCUUCAUCAACGAGCUUUCCCGCCAGCUGUACACCUUUCUCGGGAGAUUCCAUCACGACAUCAAAUACCCCAGCCGUGGUAACUACUUCCGCAAAUCCUCUGCCAUCUCCGCUGGAGCCGGGCACAAUCGCCACCUGCAAAAAGUUUCAUAAGGUCUUUACGGGAGAGACUUGCUACAGUAUUGCAAACAAUUACAAAGUGUCUCUCGAUCAGUUCUACACUUGGAACCCUUCCGUCGGCACGACUUGCGCGAAAUUGUUUCUAGCCUUCUAUGUGUGUGUCUCAGCGUAG